GUUUCUUUUCAGCCUCCCGCUGGUACGCGAUCCCAUCUGCGGCAUUCGAGCAACGCGCCUCCCCAUUGUCUUCGCGCAACGCUAUUCAAGCCCCAACCGCUACUAUUGUUUUCCCUCAGCUCUCUUUUGGCUCCUGCAAUUGAAUGCAUCGAUAUCCUGCAACCCCUCACAACUGCCCCAGUCCUACGACGGCCGCGACGAGCUGAGCCAGCUGCUGUUUUUGUGCGCUCUUCGUCUCAAUGAGACCUGACCUGACCUCACCUCGCCUCUCCGCGCCCGACCUCAGUCACAUUGUGCACUCUCCUGGCCCAAGACCCUCGCUUGCCAGCUCGAACGCUUGAACCCUCGCCGAGUUUUGUUUCCCUCUCGAUAUGUAUCCGCGGCGCACCCGUCCUUUUCGCAAAUGCUACCGGUACCACCAGCCACCCUUAGUCGAGGGGGCUCUCCUUCCACGAUACAGAGCACCAGCCCGUCAGAAGAAAGGGAGACAACAGACUCCACUUUCAGCGAGAUACAAGUCGAGGUCAAGGUCGGCGACAACGGCGACAUCGAAGUCAAGUCCCCUGUCCUGGAUUCCAUGCAACGCGCCGCCCACAACACACCUCUUCCCAACGGGAAUGGGGGCGAUGGAGGAGGGAGUGGUAUCGACCGCCCCUCUCCGACCCCCAUCCGAGCCAGACCAGAACCAUAUUACAGCAACGAGGACAUCACCAUCCUCCACGAGAUUGUUGCUCAGGGAGAGGAGAUCUUCGACUCACUCCCCGAGCGGGAGCGCCUCGCGACCAAUGCGCUGUUCAUGGCCGCCGACACAGUCCUCCCAAAAUAUGGAUAUGAUUCAGAAGAUGUCCCGCACAUCUCGCGCCUCUUAUUCCGCAUCGGCGCGGACAGGACUGACGAGCCACUGGUCGACAAGUUUAGAUCCCUCCUGUCGAGCAUGGGCAUCGAAGUGGUCUACACGGAUGACUCGAUGAGUUCCACUGCUGAGGAUGGCGUAGACGAGGAUCUGAGCGACGGUGAUCAGACUGGAGGCGGACCCACCCCUAGACCACACAUCAUUCAACGCGACGAGUCUUCGCCCCUGGAACCAGGUCUGGCGCCACCUGUUCCGCCACAAGACAGGUUCAGCUCGCCUAGUCCCAUGCACUAUGCGCCGCGCCGCAGACGCAAUUCGGACAGCAUUGCCUUGUCAUUUGUUGCGCCCGGGAAUGAGCUACCCAGUAUAGAGCCUCCAAUCCGGCACGCUCGGGCGCAUUCGACCGCGGGUGAGACGCCGGAGUCGAACAAGAAGGGCGUGCGAUUCUCGGAUGUUGUGGAGACACAGAGCAUCUCUGAACGUUCCUGGGAUCAGAACGCCAGCGGGCCGUCUACCAUUGAGAACAUCCCUUACCGCGACAAGCCAGGAAGCGGCCUGGAAGCUGACGGCCCCGGCAAAGGGCUCAACGGGUCAGCUCAUGUCCGGCCGUCAAGUUCAGGGCAAGAAGUCGACGGCAGGCCUUCGACAAGAGCGGAAAAUCGAGCUCCUCCGGAUUUCAGUAAUUUCGGCCACCACGGACGGGCCUCCGGGGAACAAGCCGGGGAUCGCCUGCCAAAUGGUGUGAAUUCCGAAGACUUUUCCAGCAGCAUGGACUUGGUUGGUGACCAGGCCGACUACAUCGAGGAGCCGAGUCUCCCGGAACACCCUCCACAGUAUGAGGAAGAGCAGGACACCCGAGAAACAGAACGCAUCGAUGAGGAAUAUAAUGAUUUACGACACGACGAAUAUUCCGUAAAGUUACCUUCCAGAAACGCCGCUGACGAGCAGGACAUGAGCAAGGCCCAGGUGAACUACCUCAUGUCGAGGGAACAGAUGUUUAGGAUGUCGUCGUUCAAUCAUUGGGCCAGGAUCGCCCGCCAGACCAAGACUCGAAAUAUCGAGUUGGAAGCAAACGCCGAAGUGUGGGAUGCUUGGGGCACCAUGGGUGAUGCCCUUGAGAUAUGGAUCGAAACUGCGCUUACUAUGCACAUUGACGAGAAUGACGGUCUGCGGGCUUAUCAAGAGCACAUGCGCGAAAUGGAAGGGCUCGAGCGCAGCAGGGAGUCUGCUGAGCGAGACGCUGAGGGCGCUGAGGGCGCUGAGGGCGCUGAGGGCGCUGCUGUUGUGCCGCCGAUCCUCCCCGGCGAGACCGUCCAGCCGCACGUUCGACAAUCCAUCGAACGCAGCAGGUCAUCUGCUGCGCCCUCCAGGUCAAUCUCGGACCUGAAGGAUUCAGACAGAGAAGCCAUGGGCAAGUCACCUUCAGUCGAGAGAACGUUCGUGGAGGAAUUACCGUAUCGGCCAGCACCACACGGUCGUCUUCCGGAAUUCCAAGGUCAACAAAUGCAAUCCUUCAAUGGCGAAUGGCAUCCAGAUCUCGAUUUCCGGCAGCCUUCGUUCUAUGAUGCGCCGGAAGAGCGAGACGAGGAAGCCUGGCUCGACAGUGACCUCAGCCUUCGCUCACAGUAUCACAUAGCAGCCGCCGCUUGGGAUUACUUCAUCCUAUCGAAAGCAUUCACGCAUUGGGCCAAUCGUGCAGAUGAGGAAGUGCAACGGACACAGGUUGCAAGACGCCACAUUCUUCGAAAGAAGUGCUUCAGUGCUUGGAUCGGGGAGUGGGACAGAGAUGAGUCUGAAUCGGAAAGCAAAGCAGUGUGGUUCUCCCAGCUGGUCGCUAUGAGGGACUGGCGGGACGCUGCACAGACGCAAUCCGGCGAGCAAAGACGGGCCCAGGCGCUUGCUGUUCGCAAGCGCAGGCGUGACUUGACCGAGGACGCUCUCAUCGUAUGGUACCAAGAAUCCAAGAUGCGGAUAGCCAUGGCAAUCGACCACACUCGCUUGCGUGCGGCCUGUCUUUAUCACUGGCAGGGCGAAUCUAGUUGGCUUUCUUCUGCGCAUGAAGAAGCCGAGGGCAUUUUCCGAGGUAGCAUGCUCGGCAGGUACAUGAGGUAUUGGAAGACUUCAGCGCGUAUACAAGAAAGAGCUGAAGAUGGUGCCGGGCCGAUCAUUGUUCGUAGGGACGAGUUUCUGCGGUCGGGCCUGUCACUCGCCUGGCGCCAAGAAGCCGAGGAGUGCAAGAGUCGCGAAAAGAUUGCCAUAGUCCAGGACUUAAAGGAGCAUGCGAAGCAUUGGAUGUACGAGACAAGACUGAGGGCGUGGCAGGAGCAACAGGAUGCGGAGGCACUCGACAGUUCCACCUAUCACUGGUACUGCGAAUGGCGUCUGAUCUUGUGCAAACGCGUCACCCAGCGACAGGAACGAGCACGUUUCUGUGAAAAGUGGACCGAAGCGGCGGCGGAGUCACAUACCAACAGUCGAACAAUGCGCCACCUCGCCCGUGAAGUCCGGUACCACGAUUCAAUUACGGGCUUCUUCAACGCCUCGAUCGACGCCAUCGACCAGCUCGAAAUAGGGGCCAUGCACGCCCGCGGCAUGAUCCUCCAACGCGUGGUGCCAAAGGCAAUCGAGCAAUGGCGAGGCCAGCUUGAGCCAGUCAGCAGGCUACACAACUGGUCUCGCCUGGGUCGUUUUUACUCGAUCAGUGACAGCGUCAUGAAGCACUGGCGCGAUGUGCGCCGGCAGGAAUGGCAACGUCGCAUGCGCGUUCUUUACAUGGAUUUCCGUUACCGCGUCCGCUGCGACACCCUCAGAGAGAGCCUCGACUCGUGGCGGCAAAAGUCUGCCGAGGUCGUAACUAGUGGUUGGGAGGCAGACGACAUCCGCGCCGAGGACGACGGCGGCUUGAUCUUCGACGUUGCGCAGGCUUGGCGCGAGAAGCACGAGUACUAUACCUUCUCUAAUGAGGUCGCCGAGGACGCUGACAAGGAGGCCCACCUCCUGCUCUGGCACUCGCUCCUCGAGGCGCAGGACGAGGGCCGGCUGGACGCGGCCGAGUACAACUUUGCGCAGACGGCAUCACAAUACUGGGAGGCAUGGGAACUGGCCUCGGUAUCCCUGCGUGGUCGCGACCGCGCCGCGCAAGAGUUUAUGGGCCACAACGCGCGGCGCGACAGGCGCCACUUUUUCGGGGUGUGGGCCUCGCAGACGAGCGGCGUUGGUUCCGGCGGGGACCGGGUGCCCGAGCUCGGCGGCAUGAUGGACUUCCGGGCGACGAGACGCAACUCGAGGUGGAACACACCCGCCCCGGUGAACGAUGGGAGGAGAUCCAGGAUGGUCAUCGACUACACGCCCUUCCGGACACCCGCGCGGCCGAGCUUCACGCCGGCCAGGCCGAGCUUCCUUAGCAGGGUGACGAGCACUACGCCCGCGUACAAGCCACCCAGCGAGCUGACGUUUGAGGAGGACGAGGAAGGACUAGUAGCUUAAGAAGGACGUGGUUGGGGUGGGAAAGAUCUGUUUCAUUUGAAUGGCAUCGAUUGUGGAUCAUCAUAUCUACCGAGUACAAGGGCAAAUCAUAUUCAAGGGAAGAAUUCAAGCAGCGGCAGAAGCGUAAAGGGGCAGGGGAAAGCCACUCGGGUCGAGGCAACUACGGGAGCAAGGCGAGGGCGUUAGGUUUGAUGUGGGUUUGUUGUCAAAGCAAAACGGGGUGCAUAUACCCAGGGCUUGCUCAUGUCGUGUGUAGCAUUGUCUUCUCAUAGCAUCGGCGUCAGGUUCCGCAGGAGUACAAAGCACUGCUUACUUACCGGUUGUUCAAAAACACGUGGAUCGCGGAAUGCACAGGAAGUUGUUACAUCAUCUGACAACACAUCUCGGGAAAAGCCUUGGUGUAUUGUGUAGUAGUAAUGGUGAUCCAUGGAAACCUCA